AUGUACUCGCAUACUUUUGGUAUCAAUGAAUGGAUGAUGAAACACUGGGUGAAUAGUGGAGUGAAUAACGAUCUCAAAGAUUCUAGAGAUCUGAAUGUUCCUACAAGGCAACGUCUCAGUAAUGAGAUGAAACAGAAGAUGGAACUUAUGAAGGAGUUUUCGAAAGAUUUGCCAAAACUAGAAUCACAUUAUUGUAGGGCUUCCACAUCAAAAUUGUAUUUGGAGCCACUUUUUCAAACUAAAAUGGACGUUUACAGACUUCACAAGGAACACUGUAUACAAAAUAAUAUGACAGCUCUAUGCGCUAUAUCUUUCAAACAGGAGAUGAAGAAGCUCAACAUUGGUAUCCACCGACCAAAAAAGGAUCAAUGCGAUCUAUGCAUUGGUCAUAAAACUAGAAAUAUUUCAAACGAGAUUUACGACAAUCACAUCAGAAGGAAGGAUCAAGCAAGGCGUCAGAAUCAAGAAGAUAAAGACCUUGCAUGCACUAGAAAAGAUGACGAUGGACUAUGGAUGUUCAGGCGGUGA